CAGAAAGUGAGGACGGACCAGGCCAGAGGGGCAAGCCUGAGGAGCUGUGAGCUGUGACUGGGGACCAGUGCCAUGGACACCCACAUCUGGAAGUGGCUGCUGCUUCUCAUGGCCAUACUGAAGGGACUGGGCCCUGCCCUGGCUGAUCAGAGGUCCACAGUGGCCAGCCCACGCUGCACUUACACCUUUGUGGUUCCCCAGCAGAAGUUUGUGGGUGCCGUGUGCUGGAGUGGAGCAAAGGCAGCAGCUCCUUGUCGAGACAAUGCUGGGGCAGAUGAGCUGCAGGCUCUUCAGACCCAGCUCAGACAGCAGGAGGUGCUAAUCAAGGAACUGAGGGAACAGGUGGCUGCAACUGGGCUUGCUGUCAGUGAAGUCAGGGCCCUUUGUGGGGAGACUCGGGACCCUGGCUCCCAGCCCAGCCAGCUUCAGACACCACAGCUAACCCAUGAAAGAACUAAAGGUUCCCAGGGGGGUGGGCUGGCUCAGCUAAAAGGCCAAGUCAUUAAGGCCUUAGCAGAAGCUCAGCGUGCCACUGCCCAGUACCACCAAUUGGAUGCCAAGUACCAUGCUCUGGCUGUACUAGUCAAUGACCAGAGUACGGUCAUCACCAAGUUGGAACAGCGGUGUCCAGGAGGACCUAGGGGGCAACAGGUACAGGACCUGAACAGGACAACAGGACAGGUCUUGCUACCACCUAACCUGAGCUCCUCAGGGCUUGGAGGGCUGGUGGGUAAUGGAAGCAGUGGUAGUGGAAGACAAGAUAGGGAGCUGCAGAGGGAGCAGAGCAGGGUACCUGGCCAACCACAGAGGCAGCAAGGGGUCCUGGCCUCUCCCUUGCCCACAGACCCCCCAGGAACACCCACACAGGCAACAGGCCCAUGGCGGGAUUGCCUGGAGGCCCAAAAGGGCAGGCAGGGGAUCAGCGGGGUUUACCUAGUGAGACUGGGCCAGAAAUCAGUGCCUGUGUGGUGUGAACAGCAACUGGAGGGUGGAGGCUGGAUGGUCAUUCAGCGGCGACAGGAUGGCUCUGUGAACUUCUUUACCAACUGGCAGAACUACAAGGUGGGCUUUGGCCGGCCUGAUGGCGAGCACUGGCUGGGUCUUGAGAACAUACACCUGUUGACCCAGCUCCGGGAUCACGAGCUUCUGGUGCUACUGGAGGACUGGGGGGGCCGUGGGGUCCAUGCUCGCUAUGAUGCAUUCUCCCUGGAGCCUGAGAGUGACCACUACCGCCUGAGGCUUGGCCACUACAGGGGUGAUGCUGGUGAUUCUCUGUCCUGGCAUAAUGACAAACCCUUCAGCACUGUGGACAGGGACCGGGACUCCUAUUCUGGUAACUGUGCUUUGUAUCAGCGAGGUGGCUGGUGGUACCACGCUUGUGCCCAUUCCAACCUCAAUGGUGUCUGGCACCUAGGGGGCCACUAUCGAAGCCGUUAUCAAGAUGGCGUCUACUGGGCUGAAUUUAGAGGUGGUGCCUAUUCACUUAAGAAGGUGGCUAUGCUAAUUCGGCCCCUCUGACUUCUGACCUAUACCUUUUGGAUCUUGGCGGGGCGGGGGAGGAGGGAGGUAUCUUUGACCAUCUUUGAUUGCCUGGCAUCUUGUAUCCUAGAGUUUGUAUGAGUCUGGGGUCUGCAAAGCCAAGAGCAUUAUAAAUAGCACCUCCCCAUGUCACAAAUCAUAUCCCAUCAAGCUCAUACCAC